AUGCGCUUCUCUACCCAGACCCUCAUUGCCCUUUUGGCCUCUCCUCUGCUGGCUCUUGCCGCUGACAACAACUUCAUCAACUCUGACUACACCGGUAUCACUGCUGGAAAGACCUUUGAUGUUAAGUGGAACCCUACCACCAGUGGUACCGUCUCCAUCAUCCUCCGCUCUGGCGCCAGCAACAACCUGACCCCUGGAGUCUACGUUGCUCAGGGCCUUUCCAACUCUGGCACAUACAGCUGGUCCGUCCCCAGCGACAUCACCCGUGGCUCCGACUACGCUCUCGAGAUUGUCGACGACCAGGACACCUCCAAGGUCAACUACACACCUCAAUUCGUCAUUGACAGCACAAACACCGUCGCCUCGUCGACCUCAUACAUCAGCCAAUCGGCCUCUGCCUCGUCGGCCGCUUCAUCCGGCAUUUCCAGCGCCAACUCGUCGGCCUCCAAGGCCAGCAGCUCUGCCUCUGCCUCUGCUUCGUCGUCCGCCUCCAGCGCGUCCAAGUCUGCCUCUUCGGCUUCGGGCUCGGCUUCGUCGUCUGCUUCUUCUGCUGCUUCCAGCGCUUCCAAGUCUGCUUCUAGCAGUGCUUCCAAGGCCAGCAGCUCGAGCUCUGCCGCCCCUACCUCUACCAGUGGUGCCAUGGCUUCUGCUAUCCCCUACGGUCUUUUGGCUCUCGGUGCGCUUGCUCUGUAA